GGGGCGGGUCUGUUAAGUCCGACAGGAAAACUACAGAAAGAUGGCUGCAAUCAGAAAGAAACUAGUGAUAGUUGGUGAUGGAGCCUGUGGCAAGACCUGUCUGCUCAUAGUGUUCAGCAAAGAUCAGUUCCCCGAGGUCUACGUGCCCACAGUGUUUGAAAACUAUGUGGCAGAUAUUGAGGUGGAUGGUAAACAGGUGGAGCUGGCUCUUUGGGACACAGCAGGACAGGAGGACUAUGACCGACUGAGACCUCUGUCCUAUCCAGACACAGAUGUGAUCCUGAUGUGUUUCUCAAUUGACAGCCCUGACAGUUUGGAGAAUAUUCCAGAGAAGUGGACUCCUGAGGUGAAGCACUUCUGUCCCAAUGUGCCCAUUAUUCUUGUGGGAAACAAGAAAGACCUGCGAAAUGAUGAGCACACACGUCGAGAGUUGGCUAAGAUGAAACAGGAACCAGUGAAGUCAGACGAGGCGAGGGACAUGGCGAACCGCAUCAAUGCCUUUGGUUACUUAGAGUGCUCAGCCAAGACAAAGGAUGGUGUGAGGGAGGUGUUUGAGAUGGCCACCAGGGCCGCACUACAAGCCAAGAGACGAAGCAAGAGGAGCGGCUGCCUUCUGCUUUAGAUCGUCAGCUCACGCAGGAUUGGGAGGGAGGGGGAAACGAACCAAGCCAAGAAAAAUGUAUCUCCUCUGUGUCUGCUUUGUCACCAGGAUGGGCACAAUCUAAUGGGUCGUAUUGGGAUGAGGGAGAAAAGUCAACCCAGGCCAAAGGGAAAUAAAGGAAGGUCAAAUGCAAGGGAGAAAGGGAAUAUAUAGAUUUAAAUCCAAGGUUAUAGCCUUUAGCUUUCAUCUUCUGUUUAGGAUUCAUUAGACCUCACAUUUAGAGAAUGUUAAGAGAAGGGAACAUCUCUCCCACUCAUGCUUUUAAGUCUUGGAGGAUAAGUACUGUAAGAAGGGUUUCCAGUUCUCUGAAUGGAGUACAGUGGUCUCUUCUGUCCUCAACUGUUGCUCUAUGGUUUGUAGUUGAGACCAGCUCAAGAAGAGACGAGCUAACUGUUGGAAGACUUCCAUGGUUUGCAGUGUGACUGUGCCUGUCCUUUAGUUUCGCCCUAUUAUUCUUUAAGAUUUAGCUUUCUCCUUUAUUUCCUGGCAGAUCAAUAGACCAACCUAACUCUGUAUGGCAUCAGGUUUCUGUUUCAUGAACGUGUAGUAUUUGAUACAACUUUCAUUCAUUUAAAAAGCUGAGUUUGAUUGCCAUUAGGGCAUAAAUACAUGAUGGCAAUGAGACCAACUUAUUUGAGUGUUUUAUACAAGCUUGUUAAUGAAUACAACAGUCAGAUAACUGUAUGUGAUUGAACUGAUGGAGACUGUCAAACACACUGUAUACAGUUGGGUAUUAAAGGGUUGACAAAAUUGUAUUAUCCUUUAGACAGUUACUGUAAAUCCUCAAGCAGUAGCGGGGCCUUACUUUAUCUCAGCUGCAGACGGGACCAGACCUUUAUGUAACACAGGGUUACAUUAGAGACGAGUCCGUCUGUUUUAAACUGUUCAAGUAUAAUUCAUAUUUUAUUAAGAAGCCUCCAUGUUUUCUGAUCUACUCCUGUUUCAUUAUUGAUGUAAACUCAACACUUCCUCAAUGUUAACCUGUUGUCUUGAUAAAUUCAGUAUAAUGUACAUUUCUGCAGAACUACAUCAUCACUACUUAAGCUGUGUCAGUUUCUCCUUUUUAACAUGAAUAACUUUUCAGAUUAUUUUCAGUCGCUUCAAUUUUGCUGUAUUUUAAAGUUGCCAUCGAUGAAAUGCAGCUCAUAGGACAAAUCUCCUCUUGGUACCUCUCUGUUGGAGAAGUGACUCAGCGAGUGUGACUGUUGUUGAACUGAUAGAAUAAGUGCUGUGGAAUUGUACAUUAUAAUGAACUUCAGCACGUGACACAUUAUGGUAUGGUAAUUCCACCCGCUCACUGUUUUUAAGCCAGCCAUUAUUUGUUGUUCGGCUGUUAUUACACACUCUUCCAUUAUUUAAAUAUCAGCCUUUAUUUGAAAUUUGGUGUUCCUGUAUACCAGGGUGACACUGGAAGUGUGUUUUGUCUCUACUCUCCAAGUUCACUCACGUGUACAACUAUUCUUAUUCCACUUUGUAUUCUGUUGUAUGUUACUUUAACUUCAUGUGAUAUUCUACUGGCUUACGUUGUAUUGUUUGCACACAGUUUAAAACAAAAGGUCAGCGUGGUACACACUUUGAAAAAAUAUGAUGUCAAAUAAUGAAAUGCAAAAAGCAAGCAACUCCUUAAGUAUUGGUUAUUUGUAAGAGGACUAUUCUUUUGUAUACAAAUGUAUCUUCACAUUUCUCCAGUCGUCUUUUUUAAUGUAUUCUAAAGGAAAUAAAUUGUAACUGAUAAUG